AGUACUUUCAAACGUUAUAAAAAAAUGUCAGCCUGCACCAAAAUUCGCCACAUUGUGAAGCUCCGCCAGAUGCUACAACGGUGGAGGAAGAAGGCCGCCACCACGGCCCGUUGCCGCGUCCCAAACGACGUGCCAUCAGGUCACCUAGCCAUCACAGUGGGCCCUAGUUGCAAGAGAUUUGUAGUGCGUGCCACUUACUUGAACCAUCCAAUGUUCAAGAAAUUGUUGUCACAGGCAGAGGAAGAGUACGGUUUUACUAACAAUGGCCCUUUGGCCAUUCCUUGUGACGAGUAUUUGUUUGAAAAGUUACUUCGUGACUUGGCUAAAUUCGAUUCCGCUAAUUACAAGAAUACAUCACUGUUCGUGCACUUUGAAGAUUUACAGAAAUAUUGUCGCAUGGAUGUUCGAAGUAAUAUUGAUUUAUGGGGUGAUUCCAGACCCCUUUUGCAUAGGGUAUCUGACAAGUCCGUCUGGUAAAGACACUUUCUAUCCGAGACGGACCAAGAUUUUAAGUCAGUUAAUACAGAAUUACAGUCACCUAUCGUCACAAUAGGUACAGUUUUAGUAUAGAUAGACAUAUUUUUUCUCAAAAUUUUCUCAAUUAUGUAUAUUAAGUUCGAGUCGAACACAAGGGAAUCCAUCUAGACCGAUACUACUUAAAUUCGUUCUGAGAAUGUGAUUGGAGAUGGCAAGUAGACCAGUUGACUCGCCAAAAAUUGAAGUCGUCCCAGGUUUUGAAGCGAAGUGAAAUUCGAGAACAGAAAGACAAGUUCACAUCUAUAGAAACAGAGGGAAGAGACAAGCAAUGAUUAAUGUUGUACAUUUCUUUUGUACUUAGCUUUUGUCUUCCUAAAGAUCGAAUUUUGAUGAUAUGAUCAAUGGAAAUUUGUGGAGGGAUUAAUUAGAAACAUGUCUGUCCAUUAUCUGCUGUACAACAUAGCUAUACAUGUUUUUGAGAUGGAAAUAUAUAUGAAAACACGAUAUGAUG